UUUCUGGUCAUUCACCCAGGAAUUGGUGAUAAAUAACAGCCUGCUGUCAUUUCAACAGGUUUAGCUGUUCAGUAUCUGAUCUGAAAGGAUUAAAUUGUAAAAAUCUGUUACAUUAGUAACUAAACCCAUCCAAACAAUUUGGGAGAUGCAGCGCUACAGUCUGAUCAUUCUCUUCAUAUGUCUCAUCAAGGUCGGAGAAAUCCAAGCUCAAUGUGGUAAACACUCUGUUGGCGAAAACAUGAAUUACAGCCCUGCUCAAAUGAAUGAAUACCCUGAGGGAUCCACUGUAACAUUCAGUUGUUUAACUGGAUAUGUGCCUGUUAAUUCAGGAGCUUCCAGGUCAAUCACCUGCAGAGGAAAUCAGUGGACUACACUAGACCUUCAGUGUAAAAAAAAGUCCUGUGGAAGUCCGGGUGAGGUGACAAAUGGAGGAUAUUUAACUCCAGAUGGAAUUGAAUUUGGUGCAAUAAUCACUGUUCAGUGUAAUGAGGGAUAUAUGUCCGUUGGACCUAAAACUAGAAGGUGUCUGGCUGAAGGUUGGGAUGGGAGAGCUGCAGUUUGUGAACAGACGAAAUGUUUACCACCUUCUAAAAUAGAGAAUGGAGUAUAUGAUAGAGAGGACGAAUCUUAUGGUUAUAAUGAAGUAGUCACAUACUCUUGUAAUAGAGGUUACACUCUUAUUGGAGAAUCAUCAAUAACCUGUUCUUCUGAUGGAACAUUUCAGCCUCCUCCUCCUCAGUGUUUAUUGAUAGCAUGUGAAGAACCUGACAUUAAAAAUGCAGUUAAAGUUGGAGGAAAGUCAUCAUCCUACGGCUAUAAAGAUAUUGUCCAAUACAAGUGUAAUGAAGGUUACAUUAUGGUAGGAGACGGCCACCUGGUAUGCGAUGUAAAGGGAUGGAAUCCAUCUUCUCCUCAGUGCAUCGAUAUCUUUUCAGCUCAAUGUAGCAAACCACCCGUUGGCGAAAACAUGAUUUACGAAUCUGCUCAAAUGAAUGAAUACCCUGACGGAUCCACUGUAACAUUCAGUUGUUUAACUGGAUAUGUGCCUGUUGAUUUAGGAGCUUCCAGGUCAAUCACCUGCAGAGGAAAUCAGUGGACUACACUAGACCUUCAGUGUAAAAAAAAGUGCUGUGGAAAUCCAGGUGACGUGUCAAAUGGAAGAUAUUUAACUCCAGAUGGAAUUGAAUUUGGUGCAAUAAUCACUCUUCAGUGUAAUGAGGGAUAUAUGUCCGUUGGACCUAAAACUAGAAGGUGUCUGGCUGAAGGUUGGGAUGGGAGACCUGCAGUUUGUGAACAGACAAAAUGUUUACCACCUUCUAAAAUAGAGAAUGGAGUAUAUGAUAGAGAUGACGAAUCUUAUGGUUAUGGUGAAGUAGUCACAUACUCUUGUAGUAAAGGUUACACUCUUAUUGGAGAAUCAUCAAUAACCUGUUCUUCUGAUGGAACAUUUCAGCCUCCUCCUCCUCAGUGUUUAUUGAUAGCAUGUGAAGAACCUGACAUUAAAAAUGCAGUUAGAGUUGGAGGAAAGUCAUCAUCCUACGGCUAUAAAGAUAUUGUCCAAUACAAGUGUAAUGAAGGUUACAUUAUGGUAGGAGACGGCCACCUGGUAUGCGAUGUAAAGGGAUGGAAUCCAUCUCCUCCUCAGUGCAUCAAUAUCUUUUCAGCUCAAUGUAGCAAACCACCCGUUGGCGAAAACAUGAUUUACGAAUCUGCUCAAAUGAAUGAAUACCCUGACGGAUCCACUGUAACAUUCAGUUGUUUAACUGGAUAUGUGCCUGUUAAUUCAGGAGCUUCCAGGUCAAUCACCUGCAGAGGAAAUCAGUGGACUACACUAGACCUUCAGUGUAAAAAAAAGUCCUGUGAAAAUCCAGGUGACGUGUCAAAUGGAAGAUAUUUAACUCCAGAUGGAAUUGAAUUUGGUGCAAUAAUCACCGUUGAGUGUAAUGAGGGGUGAGUGAAGUUGUGGUCA